CACGCGUUUUAACUCUCGCUUUCUACGCUCCCCCAGACCAACAAAAUGAACAAGCUCCUGCCCCUCUUCGUCCUGGCUGCCCUGGCCACCGUUGCCUUUGCCUUUCCCGAGGGCCUUGAAAAGGAAAUCAUCCCCGUUCUCAAAUCAGAGGUUAACAAACGUCCCGAUGGAUCCUACGAUUCUGCCUACGAAACCGGCAAUGGCAUCGUCCACAACGAGGAGGCUACAAUCCAAGACAAGGGCACCGAAGACGAGGCCCUUGAGGUUAAGGGAUCCUACAAAUACGUUAACGACCUGGGCCAGGAAAUCGAGGUGUUCUACACUGCCGGAAAGAAUGGAUUCGUUCCAUAUGGAACGAGUAUUAACCCUGAAAUCACAGCCGUGGCUGAGGCUGCCAAGGAUUUGCCCAAGUUACCGGAGAAGUCAGAGCUGCACUAAGCCAAGAUCUCUUAGAAGUUAGUUUCCAGCCAACGCGUUGUAAAUAGACCAAAAAAAAAA